UCAAAAAAUUCUAGUAGUCACUCUCAUUCUUUUAUAAAUUUUCUUGAAGCGAGCGUGUUGUUGAUUUUAAUUAGUUUACAAGUUAUAACGUUUGCGUUUCCUAUUGGUUAUAUUGAUAUCAUUUACAUCACUGAAGGAAAAUGAUUUCACUUCAUCGGUUUUAUCAUGUUUCCUGUGCUGCUUUCAGCGUAAAAAAGCAAGGUUUAAAACUGUGUAAAAUGGUGAAUCCGAAGUCCAAAAAGCAGUGGCAUCCAACACAACCGUUCGAGGCCGACGCUCUACCGUCUGUAAAGAGUUUGACUAAGGUUAAGCAUGAACCUGGCAAGCGUGGGAUGCGUAGAACAGCUAUGCUGAACAAGAUCUUUAUGAAACAAAUUACAGAUUUAAUGUCAACUGGGACAGUUGCUAUGAAUGUAGUUGGUAGAGGCAUUGAGAUAUCCAAAGUGAGUGUAACUCCGGACCUUCAGAAGGUGAAUGUGUUCUGGGUGUGCAAAGGAGAUGCCUCAGAUGAUACUACUAACAACUUACUUAGUAAGGUGGCCGGAGCACUGAGACAUGAGCUCUCCACUCUUAGGAUCAUGGGAGAAAUACCAUACAUAGAAUUUGUGAAAGAUAAACAAGAAGCCGUCAUUGUGGACCUUGAUCGUCGUCUGGCUAUUGCUGACUAUGGUGAGGAUUACACUCCCACUGACUUAGGACAACUUCUCAAAUCUGAGUUCACCUUAAAUACAAAAUUAUCACCAGAAGAGAAGGCGAAAAUAAAACAGUUGGAAGAUAAAUCACCUGUGUUUGAGGAACCCUUACCCGUUAUGACAAACAAUGUGUUUGGUCUCGACCACGGUAAAAUAAUGAGCCGACUCCUGGCAGCUAGGAAGAAGACUCGUGACGCGUGGAGCGGACUGAACACGACUCCCGGCAUCAUAUCGUAUAGGGUGCCUGUAGACAAAGUUAAUGAACCAGCUGUUGCUAACCAGAGGAAAGAACUCGCAGACUUCUUACUGAAAAGACAGAUUGAACAGAAAAAACUACACAAGCGAAUCAACGAUCCUCGUCAAGUGUGGCUGGCUGAGGAAGCGACGACCCGCGAAGCUGGCGACGCAGACGUCGAGGAGGACGACGAGUACGAGGACGAUGACGAAGAGAGCUACUCUUAUUACGUAGAUGGCGCUAACUCUGGCUACCCCGAACAAAGAAAACAAGUCUAAUUGUUGUAGUGUACUAAUGAUGGUUUAAUAAAUUAUUGUAGCGUUUA